GACGAUUUUUUGAGGAUGAGGUGUGUGUGGGCCGCACUCUGUGGGACUGUACUGCUAAUGCAGGUUAUUAUAACCAAUUCACAAACCUCAGAUUCAUCCAUUGGGAACUGUUCUCAGUUUGACUCGUGUAAUGGCUGCAUCAGCGGAGACUCGGCCCUCAACCUGACACGAUGUGUGUGGCAAAGUUGUAAUGACGGAAAUGACACACGAUGCAUGUCUGACACUGAAGACUCUGGGGGCUGCUCUGUCUACAAUGAGACCGGCAUGUGCCAAACAGAUGGUGGAUCCGCUGAUGGUGGUGGCAAAGAUACAACCCCUGGGUCAGGCCCUGGUUUCUCUCAAGCAUCAUUUGACCUGUCCAGCUUCAUUGGAGGAAUCAUCCUGGUGUUGGUGUUGCAGGCUGGGGCUUUUUUUGCCAUGCGGUUCCUCAAAACAAAAGACAGCUCUUAUGAAACUAUUGAUCAACCUCAGUGAGUCAUGAAUGAGUCAUGAAUGGGAGAGAAAAUUAUGGAACAAAACAAAAAGAAAAGCAGAUACUCAAAGGAAUGGAUGCUGCAUUGGGGAGAAGUCUUUAGACACGUUUUUUUCUCUUUUUGCUUGUCCUAAAACCUUAUUAGCUUAUUAAUUGCUUUGGUUAAAUCACCAGUUCUUGAAUGAUAAAAACUAUUUUUGUGUACAGAAGAGAGAAAUGUGAAAAGCAAAUGAUAUAGAUGUGGUAUGACAUAUAUAUAGGGAAUUAUUCACAUUUGAGCAUGGGAAUAUCAUUGGCUCUUGUGGAGUGAGUUCUUAACUGUUUAAGGUGAUUUAAAUCUCUGGUUUGGCUCUGUUUCUGUUAGUUUGAUUUGAAAGAUUGUUGCACUAUUUUAAUAUUUUGAAUAAUUGCAUGCCGUUAUAUCUGCUUUUUAUUAAAUGCUAUGUUUUGUAGAUAGUUACCUAGACUCAUGUAGCAUUGAGUUUGAAUGAAAAUUGAAGCAAUAAAGUAAUUAGACUCUGGAAUGUUAUACAGCGUUCACCCUGUAGGUGUCAGUAGAACGAAAUUUUUAACAACCUAAAACCUCUCUGGGCCUGGAGGAUGUAUUCUUAAUAAACCACUUACAAGAA